AUGGACAUGAAGAUGAAGACGGGAGGCAAGCAUCCCAAGGGCUACAACGGACUGAAAUUCCUUGAUAGAGGGACGUCCAAGUUCAAGUCGCAGAAGAAGCUCCUGCAGAAGAAGAAGGAGACGGAGAUCGAGAAGAAAAAGAGAGCCCUCAAGAAAAUGCUCGAGCAAGUCCCGGAGCCCCUUGUGAAUGUCGAAGACGCUGAAAAGGAGCAAAACAAACUUGAAAUGGAUCGGGACGAUUCAGAUGAGAUGUCAGACGAAGAGGUUGAUUCCGGUGGGGAGGACGGGGGGAAGCAGAAGAAACCGAAGGGAAAAGAGUUCCAGAUCGGAAAGAUGGAAGUCCCAGACUGGGACGAGGAGGAGGAGGAGGAGGAGGAGGAGGAGGAGGAGGAGGAGGAGGAGGAGAGUGAAGAGGAGGAGAAGAAAACAAAGCCAGUAAAAUCCAAGAAGGGUAAGGAAGGGAAUCAGCAGGGGAAGCAAGCGGGACAGGAGCACAAGGGCGGGGCGAGUAAGGGAGCGCUGGAAGUUAUCGCGUCAAAGGCCGCAGCACAGAAGGAGAAGGAGAGGAAGGAGAGGGAAGAAGAGAAGAAGAAGAGGGAAGAAGCCAUUCAGGCCCGCAACAACUACUUCAAGAAGAGGAAGCAAGACAAGAAGGAACACAUGAAGAAGACGGCACGAGGACAGCCUGUGCUGAAAACCAUGAUCAACGGAAUCCUCGGCAAGCUACAGAAAGAAUAG